ACGAAAAUCGACCAAGGCAGUUUUUUUUUCAAAGCGAAACCAAAUCCAUUGAGCAAAAAAAAACAGGGAGAGGAGAAUUGCUUGCGGCAGGAGGUUUACCUGCAACCCUUAAAAGACCCGAUGGCUACCGACAUGCCCAUGGACACGGUGCCGGCUCCUCACCCUGCCCCAGCCUCACCCCCUGAAACUACCCCAGCCUCUCCUCCUGCUCUCAGCUCUGAUGCUGCCCAAGAUCAAAUUCCCGCCAAGGAGCCAGCAUUAGCCGAAACCCCCGACUCAGCAUUGACCUCAGAACACGAUGCCGCUCCAGAUCAUACUCCGGCUCAGCCUGCAGACCCAAACCUGGCCCCCGGCCUUGUUCCAGGCUCUGACCUGCCCCCGACCCCUCUGCCACCACCACUGCCACCAGUCAGCGCCAAGAACCCCAGCUGCAAGAUCAUGACCUUUAGGCCCACCAUGGAGGAGUUCAAAGACUUUGCCAAAUACAUCGUCUACAUGGAGAGUCAAGGAGCUCACCGGGCUGGCCUGGCAAAGGUGAUUCCUCCAGAGGGCUGGAAGCCUCGGAAAUCCUACGACAGCAUCGAGGACAUGGUGAUUCCAGCUCCCAUCACACAGGUUGUGACCGGACAGUCGGGUCUAUUCACUCAGUACAACAUCCAGAAGAAGUCUAUGACUGUAGGAGAGUACCGCAAGAUGGCCAACAGCAAGAAGUAAGUUGGUCGCUUGUUGUUUUGUGUGUUUUCGUUGUUGUGUGUACACAUGGUCAACCACAUACUAAGAGGAAUUGAUACUGAUACUUGUACUGUGCUUUCUCUAGUUUCAUGUCACUGAAAUCAACAAAGACUCAAACAUUUCUUGACGUCUUUUUCUGUUGCUCAAUAUUAUAAACCUACAGGUCUAAAGUUUGAAACCAGCAAGACCAAUAUGUCUACAGGCACUGUAUAAAAUUGAGGCUGUACAUUUGUUUAGAACUGUAUUUUCUGCCCUCUAGUGGUAAAAGUCUUAAAUGAAAUAGAAUCACCACUAUAG